AUGGACAACAGUAGUAUAAAUCGCACUGCACCUGUGCCGGUGUGGAUUACCUACGAGAAGACGAUGCUAGCAUGGACGGUGGUGAUGGUAAUGUUGGGCAUCGUCAGCGCCCUGUUAAGCAUCUCCCUAAUCCUCUCCAUCCUCCUGCGCCGCCACGUCCUGGCCGGCUCCCAGUGCCUCGUGGUCCACCUCCUCUUCAUCGAGCUCCUAGUCGGCGGGGGCGUGGUCCCGGCCCUGGCCCUCUCCACCGCCGUCCCCAGCCUCCGUCCCUCCUCCGCCUCCUGCGCGCUCUUCUACCUGGCCGUCUCCUGGAUCGUCCAGGCCGAGCACUGGUCGGCGCUCUGCCUCUCCAUCAACCGCCUGACCGCCAUUCUCCUCCCGCACCACUACCCGGCCUGGACCUCCCGCCCGGCCAUCUUCAUCAUGACCACCUUGAGCUGGCUGAUCCCCCUGACCACCACCCUCCCGCAGAUGCUGGGCGUGGUCGGCCGCUUCGACGCCCUGCCGCCCUGGCAGUCGUGCGGGGUGGUGAUGGCCGUGGGGCCGCAGCGACCCACGCAGGUGUUCCUGUUGGCGCUGGGGUCGUACUUCCCGAUGGCUGGGACUUUCGCCAACUACCUGGUCAUCUUUCUCACCCUGCAGAUGUGGCGGGUGCGCCGUCAGACCGAUGGAAAGGAGGGAGGGAGAAGCGCACGGGUGCUGGAGAAGAGCCGGAAGCGGCUAAGGAUGGCCAAGAUGCUCUUCGCCUCGUCGCUGUGGUUCAUGAUCUGCUAUUUGCCGUUUACCAUUACGCUGGUGUACUUCAGCCGGCUGUACGUGGCUAUGCCGGCCAUGCAUCUGUGGAUGCGGAUGCUCUACUACGCCGGAUUAACCGGCAGUCCGGUGAUUUUUCUGCUACUGUCGCGCGACUACCGCCUGCGGGUGCGGCUCCUCAUGGUGCAGCUGCUGCGGAUGUGGCAGCUGAAGCGGCUCUUCAAAUCGGACAUUGUCCCGCUGAGCAAUCUCAGCAGCGGCAACGGCACGACGCGGCCGGCGCCCGGGGGCGGCAGUCUGCGCCCGGCUGAGGACGCCUCCUCCCAUCCGUAUCCCGUGCCGCGCAUCUGUAUUUCUCAUCCAGUAAUCUAG